AUGGCGAAUCCUAUUGAAUUGGAAGACGAAGAUCAACAUUUGAAUUUGGUUGUGGUUGUCAAGGAUACCGUUUCCAUGGUUUUGGAAAUCACCUACCUGCAAGUCGUCUCUUUAUCGGUGGAUCUUCAGAGCAAUGUUUUUAUCGGUGCCAUGGCGGAUCUCAUUCCUCAAGUAUUUGUAUGGAUACCUUGGACGUUCUCUUACAACAUCGUUGGAAGCUAUGAUUCAUUUGCGACAGUGUGGUCAGCCCUAUCAUGGCCCUAUCAAUUGCAUUUGAUGAUUACUGCCUUAGCCGUUGGAAGUUAG